AUGGAGAAUACUAGCAGGAACACUGAAGUGCAUUCGAAUUCUGAUGCUUGUAGCAAUACUGUGUUUGAUCACCAUAGGAUUGAUGAAAAUUUUGAUGUUGAUUUGCGAGAGCUUGGUAAAGAUUGGAUCCCUGAAUGUGCCGAGGGAUUGAAACCAUACAUUGAUCAGCGUUUUAGUGAUCUUGAUCAAGCUUUUAUUUUCUACAAAGAAUACGGUAGAUCAUCUGGAUUUGAUGUACGUCGUUCCACUGAAAGGAGUGACAAGGAUGGUAAUACUAUAGAGAAGUAUUUUGUUUGCUCAAGAUCCGAACGUCCUGACGACAAAAAUGUUGAUGGAAAACUCCAAAAGAGGAGGAGAACGGUUUCAACAAAGUGUGAAUGCCAUGCAGACCUUGUGCUUGCUUCACAUCAACUAGGUGGUUUUUAUGUGAAAAAGUUCACAGAAUCGCACAAUCACCCUUUUGCAGGAAAGGGAGGAAUGCAAUUCCUAAGGUGUAGUAGGUCUCUAACCGAGUUCCACAGAACAUUUAUCUUUGAUGCGUCCAAAUCAAACAUUGGUGCUUCACGAGCGUAUACAAUUUUUAAAUCAAUGAUCGGUUCAUAUGAAGAUGUAGGAGCUACUGUUGUUGAUUUUAAGAACUUUGCCAGGGAUAUUAAACAACACAUUGGGAAGCACGACGCUGAUAUGAUUGUCCAGAAAUUCAGGGAUAUACAAGAAUCUUCAGACUCGAGUUUUAGAUUUGAAUAUAGAACCGACUCGGGAAAUCAUCUCACUCAAUUAUUCUGGGCAGAUGGUGAAGGCAGGAAAAACUAUGAAGUAUUUGGUGAUGCUGUUUCUUUUGAUGUAACGUAUAGGACAAACAAGUAUGGCAUGGUUUUCAUUCCUCUUGUAGGAAUUGACAAUCACUGGAAGAGUGUGACUUUUGGGGCGAUUUUGCUUGAACGGGAAGACAACGAAAACUAUAGAUGGGCAUGCGAAUCUUUUAAGAAGGUGUUUGGUAAGGAUCCUAAAUGUAUUAUUACAGACCAAGAUUUAGCAAUGAAAGCUGCUCUUCAGAUUUGCUUCCCACUUGUUAAGCAUCGGCUUUGUAUGUGGCAUAUAAUGAAAAAAUUUCCUUCUAAGCUAGGAACUGUUUUCUGUGCUGAAUCAGGAUUCAUGGACAAACUUGGACGAGUAAUCUGGGCAGAUCACAUAACGCCAGAUGAAUUUGAACAAGGAUGGAUAGAUGCUGUUGAUGAAUUUGACUUGAACGAGAAUGUUUGGCUAAAAGAAAUGUUUGACAUGAGAUCUUUGUGGAUUCCAGCAUACUUUAAUGAUGAACCAAUGGUAGGACUUAUGCGUACAACAUCGAGGUCAGAAAGUUCUAAUUUUUAUUUUGGAAAUUAUGUCCAACGAGGUGAUACACUUUCAGAGUUUUACAUAUGCUAUCAGAGUGCAAUUGAAAAACAAAGGAACAACGCUAAGAAACUGACACACUAUGAUGACUUCACACCAAAAACAAUUACAGACAGAGAGAUUGAAAAAGAUGCGAUUAGACUUUACACAAGGGAUCUGUUUUACAAGGUUCAAGAAGAGAUAAGAGCUGGUUGUAUGGAUAUUAUCCUAUUGGGCAUGACUUGUCUGGACAAUGUGAAGAAAAUAAAGAUCCAAGAACCAGGGAAGAGAACCAGGAUUUUUGAGGUUUUGUACUUUGUUAUUGAGAAUUUUUAUUCGAAGAAUACUUGCUAG